AUUCGUUGCAUUUAGGUGUCUCGUUUUUAACUAGUCUUACAUGGAAUACAGAUUCGAUUCAAUUUCCAUUUUAAUUCUGCUGUAAAAGUAAGAUCAUCAACCUAAAAAUCGCCAACAGGAAACAAGCACUUCAUAAGUGUAUAUUGUAAGAUUCCAUAAAUUCUGCGACUAAAAAAGGUCUGGAGAUCGCUGUCCCGCGUCUCGUUUUGUACAACCACACGUAAAAAUAGUAACAACAUUUCCGUAUCGUAGCGCCAGGGCGGUAUCCAAGUCACGGAAACGUUUGAUCGAUGUUCGACGACCAGAGUGUCCGAGAUGAGGCACCGAGCCGCGUUUUAGGAAGACGCGCGAUGCCGAGGAAAGGGGUUAAGUGUCCGCUCGACUGGACGCUGGUCGACGAAAAUAUCGAAAAUGUGGAACGGUUGAGGCUCGAUCUCGAGACACAACGGGAACUGGGUUGUUUGGUCGGGGAGCACGUGUUCCUGGAAUACCCAUGGGCGUACGUCAAUCGCGACAUAGUCGCGCGGCUAGCUAAGCGACCAGAAUCGCCUCUGGCAGCCUUCGAGGAAAAGAUCGGUGUCUACGAGGGCGACACGUUCCUCGUGGGCUAUGCCUCGUCUCAACUGGCCUCCCACGAUUUCGUGAUCUGUCUCACCGAGGAAGCGAAACGCGCCAUCUUGAAACGAAACAAGAUCAUCGCUAGAUCCAUCUGGAAGAGAGUGCUCGACAAGAUACUGAAGACUCCGAAACCGUGGAAAUUCUUGGGCAGCGAGUCGGAAGUGGACGAAACCUUCGCGACAGGUAUCAGGGAAUUGUUCGAAGUAGAGAUCACGUUGCCUGGAGACACUCUAGGCUCGACUCGAACGUUAGACGACAGGGACUCUGGCAGUUGCAGGGACAGCUACGUGGAACUCGUGAAUAAGAACGAGGGAUUUGAUAAUAUCGAUAGGAAGUGCAUCUGCAGGUCUGCCCAGACUCACCUGCAACCUGGACAGGCGUUCGUUCAGACGUAUCCUGGACAUCCUAAGAACGCAUGGACGCAAUACGUGUACGAGGACACUUUGGACGAGGAGGUCGAGCCUGAGGAGGAUCUCGAGGAAGGGGUGACCGAAGAGUCUGAGAGAACCGACGAGGAACGGUCCAAAGGAAAAAGCGACGUUCAGGAUAAAGAAAGCGACGAUGAGCCUAAGGAAAAGACGCCUCUGGAAUUGUUUCUAGAGGAACGGUCCCAUGAAAUGAUCGACGUGGUCAAGUAUAAUGCGGCUGUCAACGUGUACGUGGACGAUAUCGAGGAUUUAUCUCGACAUAGAUCUCCAAUUAGGAACUUAGCCGAGGCUCCAGCUUUUCGGGAGCACUUGUCGUUCGCAGACUUGAAACUCACUGGAAACAAAGCAGUUUUCGAUGUGUCUUUGCCAUCCAUGGUACCAGACCGUGCGGCGAUUUCGUACGUCAGCGUCCCUGCUCAAACUCCUUCCGCGAGUGAAAUUGUAUCGCAACACGAAAUUCAAUCUAAAGUGCUUGUUUGGAAGUUUGACGAGCCUCUUCGACCUUUGCUUAGGCUGCAAUACCAUCGAGAGAUAUAUUGCGUCUCGUUUUGUCCGUUUGACGACAACUUGGUAAUUGGAGGUUGCUCCACUGGUCACGUGGUCAUCUGGGACACGAAGAGUGACCCCAGCAACGAUCCUAAUGGUGCGCGUAGCUUCACAGAUCAAGAAGAGUACGCACCAGCGAUAGUCGUCUCUGACAAUAGUCGCUCUCACCGACUCCCUGUACGAAGGAUCCAAUGGAUGCCUGCCAAGUACAAAAUAGAGCCAAGUGGAAAGCUGACAAAGUCGACCGUCGUCACCGGCCCGCAAUUUCUAACCGCAUCCGAGGAUGGCACCGUGGCGGUUUGGAAUCUCGACGAUAAAGUUUCGGGCGAUGCUUUCCAGCCGAUUCUUCGCUUCGAAAUUCCUGUUGCCAAUGGAGAAUCGUUAAACUUGACCUGCUUGUUGUUGUCGUCGACCAGCGUUCUUCAGGAAAGCGAUGAAAAUCAGCGUAACGCGCAUGAAUUGAGCUCGAAGGAAACGGACUACAUGAAGAGUUUCUGGAUUGGAUGCGACGAGGGAUUGAUAAGGUGCACGUGGGACGAGCAGAUGUACGACGAGGGAACUGCAGAUGCCAUAGAAUGCAAGAUCUUGGCUCGGUCGUGCGUGCACGACGGUCCCGUUACGGAAAUUAUGCGAUCGCCGCAUCUUCAGGAGGUGCUUCUGACGAUUGGUGGACGCGUGUUCGCGAUCUGGAAGGACGACUGUCUGGACUCGCCUCUGUUUUGGAGGCGAACCGAUCGUCGAUACACGGCCAGCUGCUGGGCCAACGAACCCGGUGUUUUUCUGCUCGCUGGUGUACGCGGCGAACUCGACCUCUGGGACGUUAAGAACGAAUCCAGCGAGCCUGUUUUCUCUCAAACGGUGUCGUCGAGACCGAUCACCUGUUUGCUCUCACUGGAUUGUUCCGCAGUCGGGGGACAGUUCCAGGGGAUAGGCGUGGGCGACGACGGAGGAUUCUUUCGCGUGUUGAGAGAACCGGAGACUCUCUGCAGCGACACCACCAUCGAGAGGAUGGACUGGUUCGAGGAGUACGUCUGGAGGGAAGUGCGAAGGAAAAAGGUUUUCUCCAGCUGGCAGAACGAUUUUCUCGCCAACGAUCCGGCCGUUAUAGCAAAAAGAUCGGCUAGGCGUGACGCGGAACGCAAAAGAGAACUGGUGGAGGCCAGGGAAAGACUCAGGAGAGAGCAGGACGAACGUUUGAGAUUGAAAGCGGAGAAACGGUCGCGCAGCGCACCAAGACCGAAACACGUCGCGUGGAAGUCGAAGGAGCACGACAGAAUGAAGGCUGUGCUUCUAAGUAAACGAAACUUGGUUCCUUCGGAAUUGGAAGCAAAGAGGCUCCCGUUGGUUGUCAAAGAAACUGAGAGAGAGGAGAAGCUGAAGAAAGCUAGAGAGAGGUCUAAUCGUAGGGAAAUGUACCUUUCGGACACCUUGUCGAGAGAAUUACCAGAACUUCUCGAAUCAAAGAGUGAGAAAUUGAUAUCUGAAGAACCGACCUCGGUGUUUCGGACGUCCGAUUAUCUUCGUAAAUUUGAAGAAAUUCGUAUCAAGGCUCGGGAAAUGGUGGAAAACUAUCCGAAAAACUCGAAUUUACAGUACGAUAGAAUGAAAGACAAACGGCGUGCAAGGGUGGUACAGAAUUCUACGUUUCGAAAAUCAUAGGUCACUCUUGAAUGUAUUUGUUUCGAUAACGAAGAUUGUAUUGUAAUGGCAGAGAAAUGAAUAAAUUGAUUGUAGACUUCGUAUUAGUUGUUGAACACUAUAGAACGAUCUUUCAACCCUUUGAACGCGGGACGAUUUUUGCUGGAAAUUCUAAGAGGCGUAGAGGUUCGAAUUUAAAAAAAAAUAUCAGCUUGUACGGAAUGAUAAGACGGUACUUUUUGUAUAUUUACAGUUUAUUCAUACGACGUUUAGUUUCGAAAAUAAGAAUUAAAAACUUAAGAGAUCUCUUUCCUGAGAUCUUUGUAAAUAUAAAAAAAGUUCAGACAUUGCUUCAGUAAAUCCUAACAUUGUUUCCUUUACAAAUUCAUACACGAGUAAAUGAAACGAGGAGGUAUUCACGAUUACGAGUCGUCGAGCAUUUAAAUUUAAAUUUCGUUGAAAUAUUUAAACGAGCCUAAUCAAACGCAAACGUA